AUCAUGGAAAAGUACAUUACUAUAAUUCUCCUUACUCUUUUUUUCUUCUGCAGACAUGCUGUGGCAAAUGAAGCUGUAUCCACAACCAAGCACUACAUAGUGUACAUGGGAGAACACUCUUACUCCGACUCAAAUUCAGUAACAUCAUCGAACCAUGAUUUGCUUGCAUCAAUUAUCGGAAGUAUCCGUGAAGCUGAAGAAGCGACAGUUUACCACUAUCAUAAGAGCUUUCGAGGCUUCUCAGCCAAACUCAUGCCAGAACAAGCACAAAAGCUUCGCGAAACAGAAUCAGUCAUUUCAGUUUUUGAAAGUAAAGCUUAUGAACUACAUACUACUCAUUCCUGGGAAUUCCUCCUCCAUGAUUUUCCGCAAGAUAAUAAAUCAAUCGAAAUAGAAUCGAAAUCGGAUGUGAUCGUUGGUGUUUUUGAUACAGGAAUUUGGCCCGAGUCGGAAAGCUUUAAUGAUAAGGGACUAGGGCCUAUUCCGGAGAGAUUUAAAGGAAAAUGUGUUGCUGGAGAUCUGAAUAAUAACUUUACCUGCAACAGGAAAAUAAUUGGUGCUCAGUUUUACAAAGAUGGAUAUGAAGCACAACGAGGAUUACUUGACCCUCGCACUGUCUACCUAUCACCUCGUGAUAGCAAUGGCCAUGGAACUCAUACUGCAUCAACAAUUGCUGGAUCAGUGGUCAAUAAUGUGAGUUUAUUCGGUAUGGCUAGUGGUACCGCGAGAGGUGGCAUGCCGAAUGCCAGACUUGCUAUAUAUAAAGUAUGUUGGCCGGGACCUGGCGGAUGUACUGAUGCAGACAUUCUUUCCGCUUAUGAUGAUGCCAUUCAUGAUGGAGUCGAUAUUAUUUCAGAGUCUCUAGGGUAUACUCCAGAAGUUGGAAUCGAAAAUCUCUUCACUGACGUGAACUCAAUUGGCUCUUUUCACGCAUUUCAGAAAGGAAUUCUUGUCUCUGCAUCCGCAGGGAAUACCGGAACUCUUAGUACUGUAGCAAAUGGUGCUCCUUGGAUUUUUACAGUUGCUGCUAGCACUAUCAAUCGAGAAUUUAACUCCUACGUUCAUCUUGGAAAUUCUACGAUUUUGAAAGGUUCAUCGAUAAACCCACUAAAGAUGGAUAAACAUUACGGUAUUGUAUUUGCAACUGAUGUCCCUGCUUUUGGUGUUCAAGCGGAAACUGCUGGUUAUUGCUACCCCAACACUCUUGAUCAUAAAUUGAUUAAGGGGAAGAUAGUGGUGUGUUCUUCGUCCAUGAAUGAUCCUAGAACUUUAAAAAGCCAGGUCGUAGAAGAUGGUGGUGGUGUUGGGAUGAUCCUUAUUGAUCCGUUUUAUGGAAAUGAUAUUGGCUUUGAGCAUGGCAUUCCAACUGCUAGACUUGAAGCAAAAGAAAUAGAAAUACUACAAAAACACUUAAAAAUUAACAAGAAUGCAACUGCAAUAAUAUACCCAACAACAACAGAAGUUAGCAACAUCAUUGCAGCACCAAAGAUGGCUUUCUUUUCUUCAAUGGGACCAAAUAUUAUCGCUCCAGACGUUAUCAAACCAGAUAUUACAGCACCUGGUGUGAACAUAUUGGCAGCAUGGUCUCCAGCAGCACCAACACAAUUCGGUUCGGUUAACUAUAGGUUUGACUCAGGAACAUCAAUGUCCUGCCCACAUGCUACGGGGGUUGCUGCUAUUAUAAAAAGUCACCGCCCUACUUGGAGUCCAGCAGCUAUAAAAUCAGCCAUAAUGACAACAGCUACUAGGACAAUGCGUAAUAAUAUGGAACUCAUAUCAAAAAAUCCAAGUGGUUCUCCUGCAACACCAUUCGACUAUGGAUCGGGACAUAUAAAUCCUGCAGCAGCAUUAGAUCCUGGACUGAUAUACGAUUACAAUACCAGUGACAUAAUCGACUUCUUAUGCAGUACUAGUGGUGCGUCAAAAAUUUCAAAUCUUGCAACUUGCAAAAAACCACCAAUUCCUACGUAUGAUCUAAACUAUCCAUCAAUUGGCGUUGCCAAUUUUAGUGGGAAUAUAUCGGUUUCACGAACAGUUACAUACAACGGGGAUGGCCCAGCAGAAUUUACUGCCACUUGGGAUACAAUACCUGGCGUGAACGUCAUUGUGGAACCGAGUGAACUUAAAUUCAAAGAAGAGGGUGAGAAAUUGUCGUUUAAGGUUCAUUUUGUGCCCGAGAAGAUAAGUUAUGAGGGUUUGGUACUGUUUGGAUCCAUAACUUGGAGCUACGAAAACAAGUACAAAGUUACAAGUCCCAUCGCGCUUAAUAUGGCUUCGGCAAUCGCGUAAGUAUAAGAAGUUAAACAUCUCAGCUACAAGUGUACAUCUACAACGGGAUUAAUGUGUGGUAUGAGAAAAAUGAGGCACUAUAUGUUGCUUACUCGAAUAAAAUAAAUGCAUUAGCAUAUUAUUACAUCAUGACAUAUUGAAGUACUUUUCAUAUUGUAAAUCGGGGAUUAAAAUUGCACUAUAUGUUGCUUACUCGAAUUUAAUAAAUGCAUUAGCAUUUUAUUACAUCA